UUUAAUUUAUUUUCUCAGCAGUUAAAUCUCAUUUACAUAAAACUACAGCAAUAUUGUAGUUAUCACGGAAUUAGUUUGUGAAGCGGAGUGGAAAAUAUGACUUUAAACGUCGCAGUUCUGCUUCGUUUCUUAUUGUUGUUGUUUUGGGGAACUAACGCUAAGCUUACCGACCGAGGUGCAGCAGGCCCAAAUCCGAACAAAAACUCGCUUGUCGACCGGUCUCCUCUCUUCGUGUACAGCUGUCUACAUAGCCGCAUGUGACACGCGGUAUGUUUGGUGCUAACCGGAAGAAGUUUAUGGAGGGAGGUAUUGAGAGCGACUACGCAGACGACUCCAGCCUCUACUACAGCCAACAGUCCAUGUUCCCUCCUCACCGUGCUGACAAAAAUACAGGCGUGUUACCUCCACAGUGUGAUGUCAGCUGGCUGUUUUCAUCUGCCUGCCAGGAGUCUGAACAGAGGCUGGAGAGGAUGCUGUCGUCUUCCUCUGCUUCCUCAACGGGUCAGCUAUCGCAGCUAGGAGCCAGUUUAUAUGGCCCGCAGAGUGCUUUGGGGUUUCCCAUGCGCGGUAUGAACAGCAGCUCAGCACCGCCAUUAAGUCGAAGUGGGCUCAACCAGUCUGCCAGCCAGCUCUCUAGUCACACCACAACACCCAACACUGGCACCAUGCACACACCUCCCUCACCGAGCAGGGGUAUUCUGCCAAUGAGCAGCCGAAGCGUGCUGAACCACAGCCAGCAGGUGGGGGGUCCGACGGGUCAAGCAGGGGGGAUGGGAGGGGGAGGAGAGAGGGGAGGUGGCACUGGAGGAGGAGGGAGGAGCGGGAGCAUGGGGAGUCCCAGCCGGUCGUCGCCCAGCAUUAUCGGCAUGCCCAAACAGCAGCAAGCACGGCAGCCUUUCACUAUCAACAGUAUGUCGGGGUUUGGGGUGAACAGGAAUCCCGGUUUCAGCAUUAACAACUCCCUGUCCAACAACAUCUUCAAUGGCACAGACGGCAGUGAGAAUGUGACAGGGUUGGACCUGUCAGAUUUCCCGGCGUUAGCAGACAGGAGUCGGAGGGACGGAGGCUCAAAUCCCACCCCAUUGCUCAACCCGCUCGCCGGUCGGGCUCCCUAUGUUGGCAUGGUAACCAAGCCGUCCAGUGAGCAAUCGCAGGACUUCUCCAUCCAUAACGAAGAUUUCCCAGCUCUACCUGGGCCAAACUACCAAACAAAAGACCCCACCAGCACCAAUGAAGACAGCAAAACGAAUCUGAGCUCAUCAGGAAAGACCACCUCUAACUCGGAUGGCCCAAAGUUCCCUGGCGAUAAGAGCUCCGCACCCAGCAACAACAACCAGCAGAAGAAGGGGAUCCAGGUGCUCCCUGACGGGCGUGUGACCAACAUCCCGGUCGGCAUGGUAACAGACCAGUUUGGCAUGAUCGGCUUGUUGACGUUUAUCCGGGCGGCAGAGACGGACCCUGGCAUGGUCCACUUGGCACUGGGUUCUGACCUCACCACACUCGGGCUCAACCUCAACUCACCCGAGAAUCUCUAUCCUAAGUUUGCAUCUCCCUGGGCGUCGGCUCCUUGUCGACCGCAGGACAUAGACUUCCACGUCCCCUCAGAGUAUUUAACCAACAUCCACAUAAGGGACAAGUUAGCAGCUAUCAAGUUGUCUCGGUAUGGUGAAGAUCUGCUGUUUUAUCUCUACUAUAUGAAUGGAGGAGACCUACUACAACUCCUGGCUGCAGUAGAACUCUUUAACAGGGACUGGAGGUACCAUAAAGAGGAGCGGGUUUGGAUCACUCGGGCUCCAGGGAUGGAGCCCACGCUGAAGACCAACGCCUACGAGAGAGGGACCUACUACUUCUUCGACUGCCUCAACUGGAGGAAGGUGGCCAAGGAGUUUCAUCUCGAGUACGACAAACUAGAAGAGCGACCUCACGUUCCCUCAACCUUCAACUAUAAUCCCGCCCAGCAGGCCUUCUGAUUGGCUCUCCCUCCUCCUGCCUGCCUGCCAUUGGCCCUCCUGCCUCAUCACUCAUCACCCCUCUAGGUUUUUCCCACCUCCACAUACUUUGUGAAUCUGGUCAGUAAGGACUUGGGACACCUUUCUGAAUAGACUUUAUCUUUUUUAACUUUUCAUGAUUUUCUUUACCCUUUUUUAAGCAUUUUAUUCCCCACCCCUCCUCCAUGGUUUUGGCUCAGUUGGUCUGUUAAGUGGAGCACAGAAUUCAUGCCAACAGACAGCACAGUACAAUAACAAGCACUGUAAAUAACUGUCCACCUGAUUAGGUGAUUCAUGUUCUUAAGAACUGACUAUUUUUGUCUAGAGAAGCUUUUAAGAAGAACCAGAUUUUAACCCAGAGCAUAGGAUGAAAUCACUGGUCAGGAUGGAUAAUUAUUUCACACUGUGUCACACCUCCGUCCUUUCCUAGCAUCACAAAUCAGAACACACCCACAUCAGCAGUCAGUCAGGAGAGGACAUGCAAUGUACAUUGUAGCACUAUUUCAUAAUAAAACAAAAAAGACAGUUUUUGGUUUCUUGAUGUUAUGUGACGAUACCUGAUGCAGCAGCAGCAAGUUUAGUUUGAAAGGUUCACCUGUGGUUCAGCAUAUUGACCAGUUUUGGUCCUGUAGAAAUCUGAGUAGUGUCAGGAAUUGGUGUCGACAUUUCAAAACACUAAAGAUUAAAGGUAUAGUCGGCGAUUUUAGCAAAAGAAUGUUUACAUUUUCGUCAUACAGUUUAACAAGUUGUUUCAAUUAGGACCUUGUAACCCCCUCACAAUUCAUCAACGUGCAUUACCAUGGCAACGAUACUACCGACUGCAGGAAGAGCCCAUGCCAAAGGAGGCGUCAGAAAACAAACGAUUGGGGCACAGAAUGUGGCGAACCAGCUACAGACUCCACUUUUAUUCUCUCACAACAAUCUCCAGCUGCUCUAGCUGAAGUCAGAACAACCGCAACAGCAUCUGCAAACUAGCAAUUUAACUGAAUGUCCCAGGAAAAGCUGAUUUAGCAAACAGGCUAACGUGACAUUAGUACAAAGAUUAGCCUGCCUGGUUGAACGACAUCAUAGUGACCAUAACAAUUUUCAGUGGCACUCAGCAAGCAGUUUACCCACCUGUUCAUCAGAAAAAGGGCAACCUCUGUGUCCAUCCUCAUCCCUUUAAAAUCCCGAAGCUCUCUCCAUCUUUUGAACCUAGCACAUAGCUACAUUUACACAGGUCUCUGACUUUGCCUGCUGUACAUGGAGCUGGUGGCGCUGGUACCUUUUCAGCCAUCUCUCCCUUUCACCUGCACAAAUGUUGUGAAUUUACUGAACCAAUUUGAAACAACCCCCCUCCUCCACAUACACACAGACACACACACUAUAUGGUGCACGAGCAAGAGCGCUGCCUUGUGCUGAUUGGUUGAAAAUAGCCGGUCCACCUCCAAUCCUUUUUUUUUGUUUGUUUGUUUUUUUUGCCAGUUACAGAGUGAGCACUGCACAGCGCCGCCUAGGGUUUGUGGAGCACAUGAACCGAAAGGCCAGGCAGAGAAAACUGAGGAAAAUUUAGCUGAAUAUGACAAAAUGUGUAAUGACUUAGAAUCGCUGACUAUACCUUUAAGCCUAGUUGUUGCUCUAGAAUGAACGGCAAUGAAACUUUAAUAUUUUCAAAAAUCAAAACAGUGGAAAUGUUCUGAAAAUUAGACUUUAAGGAAUCAUUUUGUAGGCAAAAUGUCUCAGCAGGGAGAUUUUUAUCAGCCAGUGUGGCUCGCUGAGGUGUUUUUAAUGGAGGAAUCUGACAUAUCAGGCUUUGACACACGAGACCUGUUAGUAGGAGGCGUUCAUUGAUUGGUCUGUGUCUGCACACAGGUUUGUUGUCAAGAAGAAAAAUAUAGAAUAUCACCAGAUGCAACAGAACAACAAGUACUACCAUGCCCAGAAGAAAGCAACAGAAAGAAAAAAAGUGGAUUUUUGUUCACAUUAUGUCAAAACUCACUGGGUGAAAGUAACUGGCUAGAAUACAAAAUGCCAUAAUCCUUUUUCACACUGAGCUGUUUGUUUUCAUCCACUGCUUUUCAUCUGCCUUUUAUUAUUUUGUCCCAGCACUGAGCUCCUGUUCUCUGCAGCUGUUUCUUGGCUUUGAAUAUUUAAUGUCUUGUUUAAGUGUUACAACUAAACUAACUCCUCCCACAUUUACUGGCAGUGUCUGGUAUUCUGCCUGUCAACCGUGAAUCCAGUCAAGCCUAUGGGAGUGACUGCUCUCAAGGAAAACUUGGAUGUUUUGGGAAAUAUGGCCAUUGGCUUUCUUG